AUGCGCCCGGCGGUGAGCACGCCAACGGCGAUACUCCUCGUAGACAUCCAAGAGGGGUUCAAGCACCCCACCCACUGGGGCGAGUCCAGGAGCACGCCGUCCUUUGAAAGCAAAGUCGAGGCGAUGUUGUCCGCCGCGAGGGCCUACAAUGGCUCGCAGGGAAACCAGCCAUGCAACAGCAGCAGCAGCAGCACGACGGUGCGCUUCGCCGCCAACCUGCAGGUGCUGGGCGGCGAGGGCGGCGUCGAUGGCAACGGGGAGGGAGUGCACGGCGUCAUGGUCGUCCGCGACGCCACGGCUAUGUUUACCAGGGGCGAGUUCGACGCGGAGACGGUCCACGCCGUCAGCCUGGCGAGUCUGGAUGGUGAAUUUGCUCGGGUUGUGGAGGCGAGGGAAGUCUUGGGGGCCCUUGGGGAGUGA